GCAUGCGCAACGAGCGGUCCUGAAAGUGAAAUUAGACGCGUCAGUGCCAACAUGAAGGUAAACACACAACGUGAGAUCCAGGUGAAACCAUAGACCGUAAACAGGGACCAGUUGAAAUGUCUAGUAAUAGACGCGUGAGUGUGGUGCGCGGUGUUUUAUGGAACGUGUGGUGCGUCCAUCCGCCGCCAUGUGGAAGUGAGGAUGAAAACUUCUGUGAACAGAAGCCACGUGUGUGCGGUUCGAAAGUGAAGUCUGGACUUUUCUUCUCCAGGCGAUGCGGGGAAGUUUGUUUGUGUGUGUUUGUGGGUGUGGGUGUGUGUGUGCCACUCAUAUAAAAGUCGACCCGAACUGACAGAAGCGCCAUUGGUUCCGGACAUCAGUGAUCAAGAUGAAGUUCUUCACUUGCAGCAUCAUCAUGUCUGUAUUUCUACAACUCUCCAGCCCAAAUCCUCUGGGCUUUUGGACUCUGCUCCCCAACAUUCUGGUUGUGGAGGUGAACGGCGCUCUGGGCCAGCAGCCCCUGAGCUGCCUGGGCUCGCCACAGGACGGGUCGAGGAAAGACAACAAGAGUCAGGACAUUAUUUGGAAGAAGAACGGAGUAGUGGAAGAACAGAGAGGAAACUCGUACUCGGUGGAGCUGGAGGAAAGUAAAGGAGGGGGCAACUACACCUGCCACCGAGAGGACGGAUCACUGGUCAAUCACACUGUGGUUCUGAUCCAGGAAAAGGAAACCGAGUCGAGGAAGAUUGUUGAAAAAAUUAAUCAAGGGGAUUACGUGCAGUGCUUGGCUCAAAAUUACAACGGAGAGUUUCACUGCUCUUGGACGUGGCACAGAAGUCGUGACGCCAAAGUAGCAUUUAUCGAAGUUUGGCGCGGUUCUAACGACGGUGACACCCAGUGUUCUUUGGACACCAGCACCCAGCGCUGGACGUGCUCCUCAGGUCAGAGUAACUUCAGCUGCUCAGUCGAUGAACAUGGACACGGGAUCUCCUGCCGGGACGAGCAGCACUGCCCCUACGCUGAGGAGAGCAAGCGGAUCUUCGUGGCUGUGUACAUGUUGACCGAGGACUUCCUGGUGGAGAACUACUCUCAACAGUUUUACCUGGCAGAGAUAGUGAAACCUGACAUGGUGAAGAUCAGUGAAGUCAACACCACGAUGAUAGAGUGGAGUUACCCGAGCUCCUGGAGCAGUCCCUACUCCUACUUCCCUCUCACGUUCGAGAUAGCACAGCUCAGGCAGGGAUGCAAACAGUGUGGGAACCCCUGCAAGAGAAGAGAAACAUGGACAGUCCAAUCCCCCGACAUCUUACAAAUUACAUUCAAGAACAGGCCCAAGGCUGUGUGUGUCCGAGCAAAGGACGCUCUCUGUGACUCCCAGUGGAGCGAGUGGAGCCACCUCAGAUUGAGGGGAAACGAGAAGAAAAAAACAUUGGCAAUACGGUGAACAAGCGUAACAGAAGAGCGAGGAUCCAAACACUGGACAUUUUUUGACUUUGUUUAGUUUAGUUUAUUUAUAUUAUUUUAUAUAUAACUAUUUAUCCUAUAGUAUAUAAUUAUGUUUUUAAUGUGUAAUUAUAAAUAAUGAAAUAAAGGGAAAUUCAACAUCAUUUGAUUCACAAUCAAAA